UCAUCUUACCAGGAAGAAAAACAGUCACAAGAACUGCAAGAGGCUCCACCAUGCCUGACGAGAUGCAACGAGCUUUAAUCCAGAGAGGAGGCGACACAGGCGGCCGCAGUCCUCUUGAAGCCUGUGUGUCUGAGCUCAACACUCACAUUGUGGGCAUCCUUGGCACCGGUGACUUCUCCCGCUCGCUUGCCAGAAGACUGCUGGCCUCUGGCUACCAGGUGGUGGUGGGGAGUCGAACCCCCAAACACUCUGCUGCUCUCUUCCCUGAAGAGGCAGAGGUGACCUCCCAGCGGGAGGCGGCCAGCCAGGCAGACGUGGUCUUUGUCGCUAUCUUCCCUGAGCACCACCACACCCUGUUGGAGCUGAAGCCGGCACUGGCAGGAAAGAUACUGGUGGAUGUUAGCAACGGCUUGCAGAUCAAGCGAGGUGGGCCAUCCCAUGCUGAACGACUGGCUGACAUGUUUCCUGAGAGCUUUAUAGUGAAAGGUUUUAACACAAUAUCAGCAUGGGUGCUUCAGACUGGACCUCGAGAUGGAAGCAGGCAGGUUUUCCUGUGCAGUGAUAGCAGUAAGGCUAAGAGCUCAGUCCUGGCAAUGUGUCACAGGAUGGGCUUCUUUCCUGUGGAUAUGGGCCUGCUCUCCUCUUCUGCGGAGGUUGAAAACCUCCCCUUUCAUCUGUUUCCUUCCUGGGGCACGCCCAUCCUCAUCACCGUGAUUCUCUUCAUCUUCUUCUACCUCUACAACUUCGUCCGUGACGUCUUGCAUCCCUUCGUCACAGCGGGGGAGAGUGUGUUCUACAAAAUGCCCAUUGACACCGUCAACGUCACUUUACCUUCCGUCGCCUUGGUGAUGCUUGCGCUCGUCUACAUGCCGGGCUUGCUUGCUGCAUUGCUCCAGCUACGGCGCGGCACCAAAUACAGUCGCUUCCCUGAUUGGCUCGACAAGUGGCUCACCAAGAGGAAGCAGUUUGGAUUGUGCAGCUUCCUGUGUGCGGCCAUGCACACCAUCUACAGUCUGUGUCUGCCCAUGAGGCAGUCAGCUCGCUUCAAGUUGCUCAAUGCUGCUUUGAAACAGGUGCAGGAAGGCGUGGAGAAAGCGUGGAGUGACGAGGAGGUGUGGAGGAUGGAGCUGUACAUCUCAGUGGGCAUUAUAGCGCUCGGGCUGCUCUCCCUGCUGGCUAUCACCUCACUGCCCUCCGUGGCUGACAACAUCAACUGGCGAGAGUUCAGCUUUGUACAGUCUACUUUAGGCUACUGCGGGCUGUACAUGGCCACUGUCCACACGCUCCUCUUUGGCUGGAACCGCGCCUUUGACCCAGGCCAAUACCGCUUCUUCCUGCCACCCACUUUCAUAGUGGUCCUCAUCCUCCCUGUCACAGUUCUGUUGGCCCGCAUCAUUCUCCUGUUGCCCUGUAUUGCGCACCAGCUCCAACAGAUCCGUCGCGGAUGGGAGAAGAGUCGGCACAUCCGCUUUGUCCUGCCCAACGAUGACAGUUACAACGGCUUAGAUGUCAGCCAUGUUUGAAAAAGAAAAAAGAAUUCUGGUUGAGGCAACCGUAAAAGUAAUGUGUUGCGCACACGUGGAAUGUUGAAUACAUAUUUGUGUUAUAUGAAUCAUUUUAGAAAACAGAAAUAAUUUAAUAAUAUCAAGAUAUAUGAGUGUAGAGUGUUGAUCCUGAAUUUCCAUGCAUUAUGCAUUUGUAUGAGUAGCUAGCUUGUCAGCGAUAUUUUAUCUUCUACUUUAUUUCAUCUGAGUUGUUAUACCAGCUGGUGGCUCUGGAUGCUCGAUUCAGGUUAAUAUGUGCCAAAACCUGUCUGAAGUUGUGCUCAACCACAGCUUACAUAUGUCUGUUUGUUUGAUUUUUGUCAAAUAUAUCUUUUUUUUCAA